AUGGGCGGGCACCCGCUGGACCGCAAGUGGGCCGCGCUCCGCGUCGUGGGCCGCCUGGCGCUCCGGCGGCUGCAGCGCCUGCACGAGCUGGGCUUCCUGCACCGGGACGUGUCGCCAGAGAACAUCCUCCUGGGCCGCGCCCGGGGGUCCGACGAGGCCACCCUGUACCUCAUCGACUACGAGCACGCGCAGAAGUACCCCGGCGGGGGGCGGGCGGCGGAGAGCGACGUGGGCAGCGUGGAGUGGAGCUCCAUCCGCUCAGCGGACGGUGGCGAGCCCAGACCGAUCGACGACGUCGAGGCACUCGGCUGGGUGCUGUUGCACGGGAUGUUUGGCAGGCUGCCUUGGUUCGAUUGGCUCGCCCGCGCUUACAAGGACUAUGACUGGGAUGCCGAUUCGAAGUGGUCGCGGGUCCAGGCGAUCCGCCAAGCUCAGCUGGCAAAGGCGGAGCGCGACGGGGAUCAGGCGCAGGAGCGCGAUGCGACAAUUGCGAAAGACAAGCUCGGCGAGCUCGUGCAAGAGCAGCUCUCGCAGGCCGUGCGGGAGCGCGAGCUGGCGGCGGCUCGCAACUGGACGGCGAGCGCGAGCUGGGGGCGCGGCCCGCUGCUGUGGUGGGCGGGGCAGGUGCUUGGCAGGGCGGCGUGGCACGUGUGGCAGGGAGCUCACGUGCCGUCGCGCCUCGCCGCAGGGGAGCAGGAGUUCUGGCGUGAGGCGGCUGUGGGCUCGCGGGCCCGCGUGAGCUACUCAGAUGAUGAUGUGGACCACGAGAGAUAUCUGCUGUGGCCAGCUCGACGUGUGCGCGAUGGCGGGCCGGGCAUAGAGGACGACGAAGUGUGGUGGGUUCUUUCGCCCGACGCAGACGUGUGGAAGGAACGGCUCGACGGAGGAGAUCCUCUCACGGGCCCCAGCGGGGCUCGGCCGAUGCCGAACGUAGGCUACCCACUACUUGGCGCUCGGCGGCUGUACAAGUUCAGGGGGAGGCCGAGUUACGAGCAGAUCAUGACCUUAAGCAAAGGAUGCCGCGACGUCGAGACGGCGAGGGGGCAGAAGCUGGAGCAAUGGCCCAAGUACGUUAUCGGGGACGACGGUCAUCGAACGGAGCUGUCGGCUGUUCUGCGCGCAGCUCGAGCCGAUCUGGCUCCUCUGGUGGACGCCUCACUCCCUUCUGACACAAUUUGGGUGCUGAUGGAGCCCGGCGGCGGACGGGCCAUAGGGGAGGUAGUGCACAUGACGCCGACGGACGUGAUUACUGGCAUUGACGGGCUGAAGUUCAUGGGCUCGGAGGUGUCUCGAGUGCGUCGAGUGGGCGUCGGUAGCGCACCCGCCUUGGCCAUCGAGCAGAUCUCUCGCCUGCGCCGAGCCCUAGACGCAUUGGAGCCUCAGGUCGACAGAUCGGUGGAGAAGGGAGUGAAGGACCAGCUCGGGCUGAGCACUGGCGAGACCGUGGGCGAGGCUGGCAGUGGAGAGGUGGUGGACAGCCUCAAUUGGCUGGCAGGGGGAUCCGCGGGGUCCUCCACGACGCCCCUGGCGGCCGCGCAGCUCGACGUCAUGCAGCGCAUCGAUGGGCAGGUGAACGAUAUCGCGCAGCCGAUGCGAGGCGUGGGGCUGCAGCCUCCGCAUUCAGCCCUGCGGGAGCUGAUGCGAGGGAGGUCGCCUUACCUUGGUGGCCCUCCCGAGGACGUGCUCGCCCCUUACCGACCUGGGCUGCCGUCGCUUCCCGAGAGCAUCGCCGAGGCGCCCGCGCUUCGUGAACUGCUUCGGGGGCGAGCGCGCCAGUACGUGGAGGGGCAGGGCGAGCGCAUGCUGCGGGGCCACGAGAACGUGCUCGAGGCACUGGAGCGUUGUCCGCGAGCGCCCUUCAGCGAGCCAUCGCCGGUACGGAGCCGGCGGCGGUACGGUGAUUUUGCGAGGGAUCUCGCGAAACGUGGACUGGUGUCAUUUGCACGUCAGGUCUCGGAGACGGACCGGGACGCCGAGGACCAUCUGCAGGCGGCCUUCCAGGCGGCGCUCGAGGACGUGGAGUUCUCGGUGGGGGUGGCGGACGUGAAGGACGCCUUCCGCCGCGUGCGACUGCCGCCCAGGAUGAAGCGCCUGUUCGGCCUGCCCGCCCUGAAGGCGGGGGGCGUCAGGCUCCACGGGGCGAUGCUGGAAGGGAAGGUGCUCGGCUACGACGUCGUCAUCUUCCCUGUUCCUGAGGCUCCCCCGAUGGGAUGUGCGUGGGGCCUGCGCCUGUGCCAGAGCGCGACGGAGCUCCGCUGUCAGUUCGCGCCGGGCCUGCGCGACGGCACGCCCCUCAGUGAUGCGGGGGAGCCAUUGGUGCUCAGGUUGGCGGCGGGCACGGCGCAGAUCGAGCACUACGCGCACGUCGACAACGCGGGCGCGAUCGGGCAGAACGGGGAGCGCGUGAGCCGCAGCCUCGACGAGCGGGCGCAGGCUUUCGAGGCAGUGGGUCUACACGUCCACGGGCGUGAGGUUCGGAGUGACGGCAUCGAGGUGCUGGGCGUCGUGCUGGACGGCCAGAGGCUGCAGACGCGCCCGACGGCGAAGAGGCUCUGGAGGGUGCGCCAGGCGAACACAGGGCUGCUCCAACUUCGUGCGGUCCGUGGUGAUGAUCUGCGGGUCCUGCUGGGGCAUUGCACGUGCCUGGGCCUGGCCGUUGUCGACGCCUCGGACACUGCCGUGGGCUCGGCCGAUUGCGACGGGCCCAUCCCCAGCAGCAGAGCCAUCGUCGGCGCGGCGACUGAGGCGCAGUGCCUGGAGGCGUCGGCGGAGGCGCAACCUGCCGCCAUCCGAAGGCGCGCCACUGGAAAGCGGGCUUGGCCGGCUGGGGAGAGCUCGAGCGGCGCUGCCAGCGAGUCCGAGGCCGCCGUCGAGCCCACGCGGCAGGGGACACUAGUGAGGCGUGUGAAGAGGCGGCGCCUUGCGGGAGCAUGGGCGAUCGAGGACGGAUGCGAGAGAGUGCUCGAUCAGCUGAAGCAGAGGUGGGGCCGCCAGGCCUUUUCGGAGAUGCCAGCGGAGGCGAUGGACGCCCGCCUGGUAUACUUCUUCACCUCGCUAUUCCUGCUGGGCGAGCAAGCUUCGACGAGGAGGUAUGUCGUAGUGACUGUGAGCCAUUUCUACCCAAAGUUUGGACGCCUGGGAGCGGACACACUACGCCCUGUCGACAUAGUGAGACCAGGAGGUCGCAGUCAGCACUGGGGAUUCCUGGUGCGCCCCUUGGAGCGAGCAACGCCCGACAAAGUGGGGGAGUUCGACCUGAGCGGGAGGCUGGGCUCCUCGUGGCUACGGUUGAUCGGGCCAGCCCUCAGCGAGAUGCCGAUGCUCGAUCCUCACAAGCCUGGGCAGGACUUCGACUACCCCGAGCUGCUGCGCAAGAUGAAGGCGGCCUGCCACAUGAUACAGCCGUGGCCCGUCACGCCUCACCAGGCGCGGCCCUCGGGGGCGAGCAUCGACCGUGCCAGCGGCGAGAGGGCACAGGCGGAGGUGCCACGACGGAGAGGCUGGCGCCCGUUGAAGAACAUGGCGCGCUACGAGGAGAGCGUGCGCCUCGGGCAGCUCGCGCAGAUGCACGGGCCGAUGCUGGAGGCGCACGGCGACCAGUGCUUGGGCGAGCAGGAGCGCGCCUUGCGGUGCAAAGCGCUCCUGAUCGGGGACGGGCUGACCACGAUCGGGUCGGGCCUCGCUGAGGGCAGAGUGCCUGCCUGGAUGUGGCGAGGCGACACCCUCAGUGACGAGCGGCUGGGCGCGCCCCUGGAGCGCCGCCUUCAGGCGCACCUGCGGCGUGGUGAGCAAAGCUACGGGUAG